AACAGCGAGUCAAUGUACGACCACCGGCCGCGCAUUUAACAACAUACCAAAUCCGCUAUUGUGGAUUAAUCUCUACUCGUUCCGCUAUCAAGAGAAUCGCUCGAUCUUUGGAGAUUGUGCGUUCAACAAAAACAUCAGAAAGAAAGCGAGGAACGAAAAUCAAAAAGUUGAUGCAAGCCGGCAGAAGAAGAGAAGAAGGUUAAAAAGAUUUAAUCCAGGAACGACGUGAAGAGGAUGGCAAAAUAUUCUUUGUGCUCGGCGAUUUUUCUCGCGAUUUUCCUCUCGAAUAUUCAUGAAUAUGAAGCUUACGUUCCUCCGCCGGCUAUGGUCGAGCCGCUUUAUCCUGCGGGACUGCGCAUAUCUAUUCCUGAUGAGCCAGGAAUUCAUCUAGUGGCCUUUCACGUGAACAUCAACGAGGAAUUUGAUGGGGGCCUCGAAGCAGGACAUAUUGCGAAAGAUAUUCUCAGAGCUCGCAACGGACGAUGGACUUAUCAGGACAACCAUACUCAAUUGAGAAGAGGCGAUACUGUUCAUUAUUGGGUCCACGUUCAGCGUGACGGACUCGGUUACAAUCGCGUCCAUCAACAGCAUCGGGUUACUGGUUUUUACAAUUGAGGAAAUGGACCCUUUUUCCGAAUAUUGACAGUAGUAGUAUCAUAGCAUUGUGGAAAUCGAUAGAAAAAAAAUUAAUUCUUUUUUUUCUUCACAUACUUCUAGAAAAAAUACAAAAUAAAUAUGUAAAUAAAUAUGGAAUACACUGUAUUUUCACACUUAUACAAAUAAAUUGAAAUAUUAUAUUUAA